UAACUUAACAAAAUGUGAAAAAGUCAAGGGGUCUGAAUACUUUCCGAAGGCACUGUAUAUGGCUUUCUUUACUUUUUUGCAAGCAUUUAUUUAAUAACAACAAUUGUGUGGGCUUUUAUAAUGUCUUAUAAUAUAUGUUAUGUCUCUAUAUGAAGGGCAUUUUUGACUGAUAAAAAAUGGCUGCCAUUUAUCAGGAUCAUUACCAUAUGACAAUUAGACAUUAGGGGGUCACACAUGGUUAUGACAAGUCUUACAAUGCAUAGCCAAACCAUAGCAUAAUGACAUAAUAAUGCAUUCAUUUUUUCUCAUAUCCUAAAUUAAUAUAUUAUUUCUUACGGAUCCUAUCCAUAACACUGGACUGUUGAGGCCUCAUCCAAACUGACAGGGUAUUAAAGCUAUUUGGGACCUUAACCUUUUUAUAUAACCCUAAAAGUGACUGACAACAUUUUUUCCCCAGCUAUAACCCCAAACAAAAUUUGUUUGGACCUAUCUGACAGCUCUGAUGUUGUCUUUGUGUCGUGGAGGAACCCUAACCGUGUAGUAGGAGACCACUGCUAUGAGAGCACACUACAAUACAGGAACCACUGUGACACGGACUGGCAGGUUGUUGUACUGAAGGAGUUCUCCUACCAGGUGGACAAGCCAGACAGGAAGAGGAGAUAUUACUUCAGGAUACGGAUGAGAUACGACUGUCUGUUUGGUGACCUGAAGACUUGGAGUGGAUGGACACCAACUAGAUACUGGAGAAAUGAGACCGAGACAGGUCCCUGUGCCACGGAGAUAAAUGCCAUUGUUUAUGUUGUGACCAUUUUACCUUUGUUGAUCUGUUUCCUGCUGAUAGUCACUUUCUCACAGAAAAGGGUCAGAAGACUCUUCCUACCUCACAUUCCAGACCCCAAACACACCUGUGAAACCCUCUUCAGUAUGGACCAGUUUCAGUGGCACAGUACUUUCACAGAGCCCAGUGUGGAAUGUGAGACAGUUGACAUAGAAAUUGUCAGCACAGCAAAGACUGAGGAGGAAGAGGAAGAAGAAGCAGAGAGGGAAGAUGGACAAGCUGAAGAAGAAUCCACUCAUAUUGACCCGGUUUCUCAUCUAACAGACCUAGGCCUCCAGAGCUACCCUGACUUGGAGGUCAAUGGAACGUACGUGUUCUGGUGAGGGACGGACCAAGAUCUUCAUUUCAUUUUAAAUUAAAUUAACAUUACUGAAAUUGUGCUGAUGAGGUGCUUGUGACGAUGAUGGCCUUGGACCAAUGAUGUAGUGUAUAUGACUGUAUGUGACAUGAUUGAACCAAAGGACUUGAAAUUUUGCACACUGUUGUCUUUUUUGCACACUUGUAUAGAUUAUUUGAAAUGUUAUUUAUCUCUUUAUUUCUGAUAGAUAAAACAACAGUAGUACAAUAAAUAAUAAUAAGGACAAGAUAUAUUAUAUACUGAAAAAAUAUAUAAGAGCUGGCAACAAUUUACAAAGAUUUUACUGAGUUACAGUUCAUAUAAGGAAAUCAGUCAAUUUAAAUGAGUUAAUUAGGCCCUAAUCUAUGCAUUUCACAUGACUGGGAAUACAGAUAUGCAUCUGUUGGUCACAUAUACCUUUAAAAAAUUGUGCCUCACAAUGAGCCUCAGGAUCUCAUCACGGUAUUUCUGUGCAUUCAAAUUGCCAUUGAUAAAAUACAAUGUUGUUAGUUGUCUGUAGCUUGUGCCUGCCCAUACCAUAAGUCCACCACCACCAUGGGGCACUCUGUUCACAACAUUGACAUCAGCAAACUGCUUGCCCACACAACUCCAUACCCUUGGUCUGUGGUUGUGAAGCCAGGUGGAUGUACUGCCAAAUUCUAAAAACGAUGUUGGAAGUGGCUUAUGGUAGAGAAAUGAGCAUUCAAUUCUCUGGUAACAGCUCUGGUGGAUAUUCCUGCAGUCAGCAUGCCAACUGCACACUCUCCCUCAAAACUAGAGAUAUCUGUGUCAUUGAGCUAUGUGACAAAAAGUCACAUUUUAGAGUGGCCUUUUAUUGUCCCCCAGCACAAGGUACACCUGUGUAAUGAUCAGGCAAUUUAAUCCGUUGAUAUGCCACACCUGUCAGGUGGAUGGAUUAUCUUGGCAUAGGAGAUAUGCUCACUAACAGGGAUGUAAACAACUUUGUGCACACACUUUUAGAGAAGUAAGCUUUCAGUGCAUAUGGAACAUUUCUGGGAUCUUUUAUUUCAGCUCAUGAAACAUGGGACCAAAUCAAAUCAAAUUGUAUUGGUCACAUUCACAUGUUUAGCAGAUUUCAUUGCGAGUAUAGCGAAAUGCUUGUAACCAACACUUGACAUGUUGCGUUUAUAUUUUUGUUCAGUGUAUAUUGUUGUUUUGAGAUAUUCUUACACAUUUUGUACAUUUUGCAGCGUUAGUUAAUACAUACAUGUUAAAAAAUGUUUUUGAAUUAUGUACAUGUUAUAUCGUCUGGAUGUUUAUAUUCUUUCGAGUGUUAUAGAACGAUAAACAAAGAAUAACACAAACACAACUGUAAAUGCUGAAUAAAACAUACAAAAAAACAAUAAACAAAUAAAGGAAUGGCUUAGCUUGAGAA